UUUUUAAAAUAAAAUCAAAAUUAAUUAAAUUUUGAAAACAUAAUUUUGAUGCUUUUAAAAUUUUAAGAAACAUAUUUACAUUUCUCUCACCUUCCUCACGCUUCUGAGUCUUCCUCCCCUAGCACAACAAUGGCGAUUUCUUCUUCUGAUCUUCAAGGGACUUAAGCUUUAACAAGUUGACUGGCUCAAUACCAAACUCAUUCCAAGACUUGUCAAUGUUAACUUACCUAUCAAGAACAUCUUGACUUUGAAGCCAAUAAACUCCAUCUAUAUGUAUGUAAAGGAUAAGUUUGAUUUGAUAUCAUAAAAAGGUGCACUUGCGGACAAGAUCAGUGCAGAGUUGCUCAAGUCUCUUGUAACCCUGACAGGCAAGACAAAGUCUUACCUAGAUGGCAGGUGUUGAUAAUGAAGUUCUUAUUAUUGAGAAUAAUGAUGAGGCUUCUGUUUGGACUCAAAGGCAUGAAGAAAUUUUUAUUGAACUUAUGGAAGAGGAAGUUUUAAAGGGAAAUAAGAAUACCACAACCUUUACAAAGCAAUCAUAGAAAUAUGUAAAGGAAGAUGUUUGUGCACGAGCAAAAAGACAUUAUAGUGAUAUGCAACUAAGGAACAAAUACAAUCAAUUAAAACAAAAGUAUAAGGAUUUUAAGUCUUUACUGAAAGAGACUGGUAUGGGAUACAAUGCAGUGACUGGAGAAGUUAGUGCGACUGAUGAAGUUUCGGAUAAGCUUAUUCGGGUUAACAAAUCUGCUAAAAGAUUUAUAAAAAAAGGUUGCAAGUUUUAUGAGAAAUUAUGCACUAUCUUUGGUGAUACUACUGCAACUGGUUCCAAUGCUCAUCCUUCAACUCGAAGUCCUUCUAAUGAUGGAGAUAAUAAUGAUGAUGAUGCAACGUCGAUAAGUCCUUCUACUAGGAAUGAAGAAAGUGGUUUUGAUGAGGAUGGUAGCAUAAGAAGAGGUAAAUCAACAACCACUUCAAACUCUCGAAUAGUAAAAAGAGCAAAGUUCUCAUCAGCUUUGGCAGAUGCACUGGCAACAUGUAAUGAAACUGCAAAGCGAAAGAUAGAAUUGAUAAAGAGAUAAAUGGCAACAUUUGCAUCACAUUACUUAUUGGAUGAGAGUGUUGAAGCUCUUAAUCAAAUUGAUGGAAUUAGUGGAGAAGUAUACGCAAAAGUUAUUGAGAAGUUUGAGAACGAGGUGUCCAGAGCAUUGUUUCUAAAGAUGCCAGAGCAUAGAAGAAUAGAUUGGUUGCUGAAUUUGAAGUGAAAAGUUUAGACUUUGUUUAGCUAUGAACAAGAUGACUUUGUUUAGCUAUUAACUUUAGUUUUGUUAAGCUAUUGACUGUAUGAGUUUGUUAAGCUAUUGACUGGAUGACUUGUUUUUCUUAUUUUGUUUUAUGGUCUGAUUUUGACUUUGAGUGUUUAUAUAUUGAAUGUAAAAUUAAAUUUUUUUUUCUACUAUCAGGAUAAAAUGUCUUUAAACGUUGCUCGGUUCAACAAGGAUAAUUUACUAGACGAUUCAGAUGA